AUGGUUCCUCAAGGUCAACAUAGAGGUAGAUUUAAUGCACCAACUCAAGUAGAAAUGGCUGUAGUAAUGAUUGGAGAAGAAUAUGGAAAUCGUGAUAUAGUUUUAUCUAGAAAAGAUGAAAAGUUACAACGAAUAAGUGAAACUCAUAGGUCUUACGAUUCUCUUGAAUAUCCACUGAUAUUUCUACACGGUGAAGAUGGUUAUGCUAUUGAUAUUUUGUCAUUUAAUGUUAAUUUAAAUGAAUACAAUAGUCAUAAAACUAUUUCUUCAAAACAGUUUUAUGCUUAUAGACUGAUGGUUGAUAUGUAUGCCAAAAUAGAAUCAGAACGACUUUUAUUUAUACGGAAUAAUCAGUCAAAAUUAAGAGCGGAAGAUUACAUUCAUUUACGUGAUGCUAUAGAAAAUGAUGGUCAUGUGAAUGACAUUGGACAACUUUUUAUUUUACCUUCUUCAUUUACAGGAGGUCCAAGAUACAUGCACGAAAAAACGAUGGAUGCCAUGACUUACGUUCGUAAUUUUGGAACUCCAAAUUUGUUCAUUACAUUUACAUGUAAUCCAAAUUGGAUGGAAAUAAAAAGAGAACUCAAACAUGGUCAAAUUGCACAAGACAGACACGAUAUUAUCGCUAGAGUUUUUCAUCAAAAAAUGAAAGUUCUAAUGAACUUAAUUGUGAAACAUCGUAUAUUUGGUGAAACUCAGUGUUAUAUGUAUACUGUUGAGUGGCAAAAACGAGGUCUUCCUCAUGCUCAUUUACUGGUUUGGUUAGUUGAUCAAAUUAGACCAAAUGAUGUCGAUGAUAUAAUAAGUGCUGAGUUACCAAACCCCGAAAUAGAUCCUGAAUUAUUUGAAAUAGUUAAAAAACACAUGGUACAUGGGCCAUGUGGUCAUAUGCAUCCAAAUUCUCCAUGUAUGGGAGAAAACCAAAAAUGUUCAAAAAGGUAUCCGAAAGCAUUUACUAACAGUACUAUUACUGAAUAUGAUGGUUAUCCUUUAUACAGACGAAGGGAUUUUAGAAGUGGUGGAUUUAAAUCAACUGUAUUACGAAAUUCGACCUUGGUAGAAAUUGAUAAUAGAUUUAUUGUUCCAUACAAUUCAUUACUAUUAAAAACAUUCAAUGCUCAUAUUAAUGUUGAAUGGUGUCAUUCAGUAAAAUCAAUUAAAUACAUUUGUAAAUAUAUUAAUAAAGGGUCUGAUCAAGCUAUAUUUGCAUUAACGAAUAAAUUUGAUGAAGUUGGAAUUUAUCAAAUUGGACGAUAUAUUAGUACCAACGAGGCAGUUUGGAAAAUAUUAGGAUUUCCGUUGCAUCAAAGGCAUCCAGUCGUACAGCACUUGGCAGUUCAUUUGGAAAAUGGUCAGAGAGUAUAUUUUUCAUCCGCAGAUAAUGUUCAGCAUAUUUUAAAUCAUUCAAAAAACACUACAUUAUUGGCAUUUUUUGAUCUGUGUCAAGUUGAUGAUUUUGCUAAAACAUUAUUAUAUCAUGAAGUGCCAAAAUAUUUCACAUGGGACUCAAAUAACCAUACAUUUAGUAGGCGAAAAAGAGGGAAACUUUUGGAAAAUAAUAUAUAUUCUACGGAUGCAAUCGGCAGGGUUUAUACAGUACAUCCAAAUAAUGCAGAAUGCUAUUUUUUGAGAUUAUUACUACACGUGGUUAAAGGCCCAACUUCUUUUCAAAAUUUACGAACGGUUAACAAUAUUAUUUAUCCAACUUUUCAACAAGCAUGCAAAACACUUAAUUUAAUAGAUGAUGACAGUCAUUGGUCAUUGACAUUGACCGAAGCUUCACUGAAUGAUUCGUCUUCAAAUAAUGAUAGUAAUGAUAGUAAUGUUAAUAUGGAUAAUCAAUUUGAAUAUAUGAGGGAAACACAAUAUGAUAAAUGUAGUUUGAAAACUGAUAUUUCCACUAACGAGCCAAGACUUACUAAUGAACAGAGAUGUGUAUUUGAUGCUGUCUACAAUUCAGUUCUUCGCGACGAUGGUAAAUUAUUUUUCAUCGACGCUCCUGGAGGAACUGGUAAGACAUUUAUACUAAAGUUAUUAUUGUCAAAAAUAAGACAUGAAGGAAAAAUAGCGUUGUGUGUUGCAUCGUCAGGGAUAGCUGCAACAUUAUUGCCUGGAGGACGAACAGCACAUUCAAUGUUUAAAUUACCUCUCACUAUGAUAAACAACCAUUUACCUGUAUGCAACAUAAAAAAAGGGUCAGCAAUGGCCAAACUAAUACAAGAAUGUAAAUUGAUUGUAUGGGACGAGUGUACUAUGGCUCAUAAAAAAGCUAUUGAAGCACUGAACCGUUCAUUGAUUGAUCUGACUGGUGAUUUCCGUCAAAUUUUACCUGUUGUGCCUCGGGGUACUAAAACUGAUGAAAUACAUGUUGAAACACCCAUAAUAUUGCUCCGUAAUUUAGACGCACCUAAAUUGUGCAAUGGAACAAGAUUAUUAAUUUCAAAUUUACACCAAAAUGUGUUAGAAGCAACUAUUUUAACUGGUAGUUAUUCCGGGGAAAGUGUGUUCAUACCUCGAAUACCAAUGAUACCCACAGAUUUUCCAAUUGAAUUUAAAAGAUUACAGUUUCCUGUAAAACCCUGUAUGGCAAUGACCAUUAAUAAGGCUCAAGGUCAAACGUUUAAAGUAAUUGGGAUUGAUUUAAGCGAGCCAUGCUUUUCUCAUGGUCAGUUAUACGUAGCGUGCUCUAGAGUAGGCAGUUCUAGAGUAGGCAGUUCUAAGUGUAUUACAAUUUUAUCACCAUCUGCAAACACUAUUGGAGUAAUAAUUCGCAUAGAAGACAUAGUAGACAUUGUAAAGCCAACCAAAACACUGAAACUACGAGAUGUUGUAAUAGCAGAUAAUACUGGAAUCGAGAUAACACUUACGCUAUGGAACGAAGAAGCUUCUUUAUUUACUGGACAAAUAGAAGACAUUCUAUCAGUUGAGAAGAGUAAAUUAGUUAUUUAUAAAAAAGGCAAAAAAUUAUCUGUAACGCAUUCUACUGUUAUACAAAUUAACCCUAAUUGGCCUGAAAAAGAGGUGUUAAAAGAAUGGUAUAAAAAGGAGGGCCGAUAUCAAUUCGAUAGAAUGGAUUUAACACAAUCAUCGUCAAUUGAUAACACUACAUUAAAUCAAUCAGAUAACGCAUAUUUAACAUCAGUUGAUGACAAGGUUAUAUCACAAAUAGUAGAAGACGAAAAGUCUACGAAGCGUCGUUUAGACGAGAUAUACAUCCUCCAAGAACAACUGCAAAAUGAAAUUAAUGAACUUACAUUUAAAAAAAUCAGAUUAAAUCUCGAACGUCAAGCAGUAGAAAAUAGAAUUAUUUGUAGAAGACAAUAA